UGACUUAUAAUUUUUUUUUGUGUUUAUCAUUAUUUUGUUUUGAAAACGAACGAGUGAGAACAUGCGGUCGAAACUAUAUUUGUUUAAAAAAAAAUUAUUGGUGUCGUUGUUAAUAAACAAAACAAGGAAAAGAUUUCAUGUUCAUCCAUUUAAUGCAAAUCGGAAAAUUGAAGGAGAAUAUGUUUCCUUAAUAAGACUGCUGGAAAAAUAUCCAGAAAAGUUCUUUACAUAUUUUAGGAUGUCAAAGGAAACAUUUGACUACAUUUUGAGCUUGGUAAAGAACAACUUGGUUGCGAAACUUACUAGCUUUAGAAACGACAUUAUUUGCGCCAAGGAAAAGUUAGUAAUUACUUUGAGAUUCUUAGCUACUGGUGCAAGCUUUGUCGACCUUGCCUACAGAUUUCGAAUGGGAGUGUCCACCGUAAAAAAAGUAAUAGAUACUACCCUUGAGGCUAUCAACGCCAAUUGCUUAGAAAUCGCCAUACCCAGUUCACUUUCAAAAGACGAUUGGAAACAAAUUUCAUUAGAAUUUUUUGAGCGCUGGAACUUUCCGAAUUGCCUAGGUGCUGUAGACGGCAAACAUGUUUUAACGUUUGCUCCAAAGAAAAGUGGAAGUUUUUAUUUCAAUUAUAAAAAAACAUUUUCGUACAACCUGAUGGCAGUUGUGGAUGCAAAAUAUCGAUUUUUAAUGGUUGACAUAGGAGCUUAUGGCAGUAACGCGGAUUCGACAGUUUUCAGUUGCAGUCCUUUUGGCAACGCUUGGCUCAAUAAUCCUACAGAACUGAAUAUUCCAGAAGAUUCACCUCUUCCUGGAACAACCACAAAAUUACCCUAUGUUAUCAUUGGAGAUGAAGGCUUUGCACUGAAGUCAACAAUCUGGAGACCUUUUCCUGGCCGAAAUCUCUCACAUAGGGAAAGAAUUUUUAACUAUAGAUUAUCCAGAGCUAGGAGAGUAGUUGAAAAUGCGUUUGGCAUCAUGGCCCAUACUUGGAGAAUUCUCCUGAAACGGUUGGAAGUUGGCAAAGAAUCAGGUCAUCGAAUAAUUCUAAGCUGUUGCAUCCUCCACAAUUUUCUCAGACAAAAAAACCAUAGAAAUAUGUUUGAACAAGAAAAUCCUAUCCAAGAUUCAGAAGAUUCGAUUUUAACGUCAACACUGGCUUCAGGAUAUGAUGUUCGAGGAAAGUUUGCUAACUGGUGCUUGGAGGAAGGAAGUGUUAGCUUUCAAUACGAUAUGAUUUAA